CACCUCUCUCUCUCUCUCUCUCUCUCUCUCUCUAGCUUAAGUUUUUCUUCAUAAACACAAACAUAUUAGUGCCAAAUUUCAAGAAAGGGUAGUUGGAGGAUAUUACUUGCAUUACGGUGGUGGUUUUUUCCGGGCGCAAGAAUGACAAUGAGCAACAACGUUACUCAUGGGCAGUUUGGUGACACCACACUGACCAAAGUCUUCGUCGGAGGGCUGGCGUGGGAGACUCCCAAAGAGGCCUUGAGAGAGCACUUCGACAAGUACGGCGAGAUCUUGGAGGCCGUCAUCAUCUCCGACAAACUCACCGGCCGAUCCAAGGGUUACGGUUUCGUCACCUUCAAGGAGCCGGAGGAGGCUAAGAAGGCUUGUGAGGACACCACGCCGGUCAUCAACGGCCGCCGUGCCAACUGCAACCUCGCUUCCCUCGGGGCUCGCCGCCCUAGGUCCGCUUCAAACACCACCCCUCCUCCUCAACGAGGAUCGAACGGUGGCGGGGCGAGGUCCAUGUCACCUGCUCCCGCACCUGCACCUGCAAAUCACGUGCAGUGGUACUACCCAGCACCAACAGGGACUCCAGCUAGCCCAUUCCACCACCAUCAUCACCAGGCCGUUCCAUUUUAUGGCUACUCCCCCACAUACAUUGCCGCUGAUAUGAGUUACAAUCAUAAGGUGGGCUACACAGGUGGAGCUUACAUGAACGGGCAUUACUCUGCUCCUCAAGUUUACCCAGCACAGCCAGUCGUGGGACACAACACUUUGAUGCCAAUGUAUCCUCUCUACUACCACCAUCACCAUCAAUCACAUACAAUGGGCUUACCUGCUCACAUCUACUCGCCGACCAUGGCCGGACACGUGGCCACAGUCCCGACCAUUAUGUCCAAACCAGCAUCGAUUGCUCCUAACACAGUGUGCUUGGCUGUGGAAUAGGUGCAGGUACAGUUGGCAGAGAAGAGGAUGAACGUGGUGGCAAAUAACUAAGGGGGAACCGAACGUGGUGGCUGCACAGAGCAACAUUAUUAUCUCUGAUCUGUUGUAGCUCUUUCUUUCCAAUUAAUUUAU